UUACAGAAGAAGUGGAGAUAAGGUUUUGUAAUAGCUGGAUGAGGAUGCACUGGAAGAGCAGCACGUGAGUGAGGUCAGCAGUAACGUUAGCUACUUAAACUGAGAGCCGAUCAGUCCACAUGGACAGACUCUGUGAAGAAGAGACUCAGCAAGUCGUUUCAAGUCACAUACCUGUGCUAGUUUUAAUGAAGUUUGGAUGGAGAUGAAGAGCAGUGCACUGAAGAUCUUCACCAGGAGGAAAAUCCACAGAGCUUCCUAAACAACUAUUGCUCAUUUAAUAAAUUAGUAGUAUUUAGUGGGCAGACACGCAAUUGUGCAAAAUGCUCACAGCGCGUAACAGUUUCUGGGGACUUUUAACAGUGCUGCUCGCUGUCUGGACAGAGCGCGCGACAGGCGUCCCUGUGAGGCGUCACGAGAGAUCCAGACACGCGGACUCCACCGAGAACCAAAUCCAGAAUAAUUUGGCAGACCUACAUCCCCACCAACACAGGUGGCUUCAGCAUCGCUCAACGGGUGUCCUACCACAGCCUGAGCCCGAGGAAGAAUCAAAACCCUUUGUCCUAGACCUCAAAACCUUUCCAGAUCUUGCAAAUGCAGACGCUGGCUCCCAAAACCCAAACAUUCAGGUGACCAUCGAGGUGUUGAAUGACCCACCCAUGGAAGUGGACACGGACCUGAUUAAAGACAGGAGUAAUGACUGGCCUACAUCUUCUCCCUCCUCUACUGUAGAAUGGCAUGGUGGGAAGAAGCUUUUCUGGCCUUUAUUUUGGGGCUAUGCAGAUGUAGAUUCAGGUGAGGAUGGUACCGGCCAAGCAGGGGAGGAAGAGGAUGAUUAUGCACUGGAGUAUGACCGUGGGGAGCCCCUUCCUAGUGUGCUUGGCAAAACAGGUGGCAACUGGGAAAGUCCAUGGACCCAACACCAUUAUGGAGAGAAAGAGGAAGAAUGGGGCACGUGGAGUCCCUGUACUGUCACGUGUGGCCAUGGCAACCAGACUCGAUCACGUUCAUGUGGAGAUUUCUGCAUCUCCACCGAAUCCCAAAGCUGUGACCGUAUGCCAUGCCCAGAUGAUUGGAACAGUGUGGCUCAUGUCUUUCCAUUUGAGAUGGAAAAUGGCACAGAACCCUUUGGCACUAAUGUUGACAGCUGCGAUAAGUGGUUGAAUUGUACGAGUGAGUUUCUCCAGCGUUACCUGCAGCAGGUGUUGACUGAAUUACCCAGCUGUCCGUGCACCUAUCCUUCAGAAGCCUUCAACAAUAUAGUCAGUCUGCUGGAUGCAGGACAUGAUCGGACCUUCCAGUGGAGGGAUGCUAGUGCGCCAAAAGAGCGUCUGGAUAUCUACAAACCCUCGGCACGCUCUUGCUUGCGUUCUGGCCUCUCAAGAGAUGGCACCACCCUGGCUGCCCAGCAUUGUUGCUACGAUGACAACAAGCAUCUUAUUACAAGGGGCAGGGGUGCAGGUACCCCCAACCUAAUCAGCACAGAGUUCUCUCCAGAACUGCAUUUUAAGGUGGAUGUAUUGCCUUGGAUACUAUGCAAAGGAGACUGGAGCAGGUUUCAUGCCGUCCGCCCACCCAAUAAUGGCCUGCAUUGCACAGAGAAUCCCCAGCAGGACAUUUUCAUGAACGAAUUGGAGGAGGCCAGAGAAUAUUAAAUCACCAAAUUACUGCCCCUCCUCUGACACACCGUCCUGCUGUGGUGCUUUACCCAAUUCAAAUAUUCCAGCUAGCCACAUGCUACUCCUUAAGUUGUGGGACACUGUGUUCGCAAAGCAUUGCAUUUCUUAUGUUUGAAAUAUUGUGGAAAUUUAAGAAAUUUUUAAAAAUUGAUUAUAAUCUAUCUGUUGAUAAUCUUUGUCCUGAUAUGUCAAUCUUGUAACCCUUGUAUUUGUGUAAAUGACCAAUACAGCAUUUUGUUGUUGUUGCUGCUGCAGUCACAUACAGUUGAGUACAACAGUCUGACACCACGACUGAAAAUGUUUGUCAAAUUGAAUACAUAUUUAUUAUAAGCUACAAUUUAUCAGCAUAACAAUUUUAAUGAAAAGUUGUAUUUAAAAAAAAUGAAUUUCGUGAAUUUCAUUCAUGAAUGUCUCCCUUUUGCUUGAUGGACCGCAGAACUCAACAUUUGUUCAAAAACUGAGGAUAAUGUUAUCUGGCAUGACAUGAGAAUAUUCCAAAGAGCAUCUUACGUGCUUCAAUCUGAAAAUGGUCAAUAUAAUUUGAUAUUUGAACAUUUUAUUUAUUAUUUGUUUUAAUAUUAACAUUUAAUCAUCAUUGAUUUUGAGUCCCGUAUAUUCGAUGUGGUCUCUGACCUUUGGACCCCACUGUAUUUACUCUGAUAUCAGUGCUGUCUAAUGUAAAAUCUGGAUCCUGAAGCAAAAUGAGUUAAAAAGUCUGCUUUAGACUUACGGGGAUGUUUGAGAGCCAAUGGACACACUUCAUUGCCAACUCAGGGUAAACAUAACAAUGUUCAUUUAGUUCUUUAUUAGUGUCAGAAUCUCAGAAAGGGAAAGAACUGACAGACGUAUAAAGAGAAUAUUAUAAUGAGUAUAUUGUUCUAAUGUGAUACCUUAUAUAAUGUUUUGUACGAUUUUGUUAUUUAGUUGUUCUGCGAUUGUGCAUUUGCUGUGUUGUUAUUGCUGUUGCUUUUCAUUUGUUGUUGGGAACUGUUGCAAGGGAUACUUAAUAUUGCUCCAUACUGAAAUAUGGCUCUUAAGAGUACGCAGACUGCGUAUGCACAUGCUACGGCUGGCACUUUAUUUAAUGCAUUUAUCGAAAAUAUAUUUGCAUGAUGAAGCAUUGUUAUCCCUGUUUCUGGUGUUUGUGUUGUGAAGGGAUUGCUUCGUGUGGUCGCUGUCACAUUAAUGGCAAGAAGAGUAUUUCUGUGUUGGCAUGUGUUGUAAAGUAUUUAUUGUGUUUUCAUCGUACAUUUGCGGACGCUUUGAACUGAUCAUCUAUUCAGAUGGUGCACUACCCAGAGUCCUCCAGGACACACUGACCUAAAAAGGGAAAUCAAACAUCUCUUUAACAACAAAACAAGUUAAUGUCUGCUGUUCAUUAUCAUGUAUACUUUAUAAUGAUUUUGCAUGUUGCAAA